CCUUCCACUACCAACUCCAAAAAAAAAACCACUUUCAAGCUCACGCUUAUCCUCUCUCCACCACCUUCAAGAUGCAGCCUACCGUUUUCCUCAUGGGCCUUUUCGCCGCCCUCGCCGUCGCCGCGCCCACUGCCCCCGGCUCCAGCACCGACGUUACCUCCAACGUCAACUCGAACAACCCCCAGGACAACAGCCAGAACGUCGACCAGACCCAGGUCCUGCCCAUCAGCGCCGUCAAGGAUGUCGACGUUGCCAAGAACAUUGACGUCAACGCCCUCAACGAUGUCUUGAACGACGCCGCUAUCCUGAACAACAACGAGAUCCCUAUCGACGUUUUGUAAGCGGUCUCGGCUUGCAACAGCGAUCACUGAGUCCUGUCGAAGGUCCACCUUCUCGAAAUCUUUUUCUGGGGGGAGGGGCAUUGGCGGCAGAGGAGUGGAGGCAAAUUAGUCUUGACUCGUGUUGUACUUAGACUCUUUCUCUUCUGAGGUUGAUAAUAAUUUAAUUGGAACGUGUUUAUACACCUGAAACCGGC